AUGCGCGGGAGAGAAUGGCGCGGGACAGAGUGGAGUGGGCGAGCGGAGGCGGAAGGGGAGGAAGGUAUGCUGGCAUAUGGAGGAAGGUAUGGUGGCAUAUGGAGGAAGGUAUCGUGGCAUAUGGAGGAAGGUAUGCUGGCAUAUAGGAGGGAGGUAUGCUGGCAUAUGGAGGAAGGUAUGCUGGCAUAUGGAGGAAGGUAUGCUGGCAUAUGGAGGAAGGUAUGCUGGCAUAUGGAGGAAGGUAUGCUGGCAUAUGGAGGAAGGUAUGCUGGCAUAUGGAGGAAGGUAUGCUGGCAUAUGGGGGAAGUUAUGCUGGCAUAUGGAGGAAGGUAUGCUGGCAUAUGGAGGAAGGUAUGCUGGCAUAUGGAGGAAGGUAUGCUGGCAUAUGGAGGAAGGUAUGCUGGCAUAUGGAGGAAGGUAUGCUGGCAUAUGGAGGAAGGUAUGCUGGCAUAUGGAGGAAGGUAUGCUGGCAUAUGGAGGAAGGUAUGCUGGCAUAUGGAGGAAGGUAUGCUGGCAUAUGGAGGAAGGUAUGCUGGCAUAUGGAGGAAGGUAUGCUGGCAUAUGGAGGAAGGUAUGCUGGCAUAUGGAGGAAGGUAUGCUGGCAUAUGGAGGAAGGUAUGCUGGCAUAUGGGGGAAGGUAUGCUGGCAUAUGGGGGAGGAGGUAUGCUGGCAUAUGGAGGAAGGUAUGCUGGCAUAUGGAGGAAGGUAUGCUGGCAUAUGGAGGAAGGUAUGCUGGCAUAUGGAGGAAGGUAUGCUGGCAUAUGGAGGAAGGUAUGCUGGCAUAUGGAGGAAGGUAUGCUGGCAUAUGGAGGAAGGUAUGCUGGCAUAUGGAGGAAGGUAUGCUGGCAUAUGGAGGAAGGUAUGCUGGCAUAUGGAGGAAGGUAUGCUGGCAUAUGGAGGAAGGUAUGCUGGCAUAUGGAGGAAGGUAUGCUGGCAUAUGGAGGAAGGUAUGCUGGCAUAUGGAGGAAGGUAUGCUGGCAUAUGGAGGAAGGUAUGCUGGCAUAUGGAGGAAGGUAUGCUGGCAUAUGGAGGAAGGUAUGCUGGCAUAUGGAGGAAGGUAUGCUGGCAUAUGGAGGAAGGUAUGCUGGCAUAUGGAGGAAGGUAUGCUGGCAUAUGGAGGAAGGUAUGCUGGCAUAUGGAGGAAGGUAUGCUGGCAUAUGGAGGAAGGUAUGCUGGCAUAUGGAGGAAGGUAUGCUGGCAUAUGGAGGAAGGUAUGCUGGCAUAUGGAGGAAGGUAUGCUGGCAUAUGGAGGAAGGUAUGCUGGCAUAUGGAGGAAGGUAUGCUGGCAUAUGGAGGAAGGUAUGCUGGCAUAUGGAGGAAGGUAUGCUGGCAUAUGGAGGAAGGUAUGCUGGCAUAUGGAGGAAGGUAUGCUGGCAUAUGGAGGAAGGUAUGCUGGCAUAUGGAGGAAGGUAUGCUGGCAUAUGGAGGAAGGUAUGCUGGCAUAUGGAGGAAGGUAUGCUGGCAUAUGGAGGAAGGUAUGCUGGCAUAUGGAGGAAGGUAUGCUGGCAUAUGGAGGAAGGUAUGCUGGCAUAUGGAGGAAGGUAUGCUGGCAUAUGGAGGAAGGUAUGCUGGCAUAUGGAGGAAGGUAUGCUGGCAUAUGGAGGAAGGUAUGCUGGCAUAUGGAGGAAGGUAUGCUGGCAUAUGGAGGAAGGUAUGCUGGCAUAUGGAGGAAGGUAUGCUGGCAUAUGGAGGAAGGUAUGCUGGCAUAUGGAGGAAGGUAUGCUGGCAUAUGGAGGAAGGUAUGCUGGCAUAUGGAGGAAGGUAUGCUGGCAUAUGGAGGAAGGUAUGCUGGCAUAUGGAGGAAGGUAUGCUGGCAUAUGGAGGAAGGUAUGCUGGCAUAUGGAGGAAGGUAUGCUGGCAUAUGGAGGAAGGUAUGCUGGCAUAUGGAGGAAGGUAUGCUGGCAUAUGGAGGAAGGUAUGCUGGCAUAUGGAGGAAGGUAUGCUGGCAUAUGGAGGAAGGUAUGCUGGCAUAUGGAGGAAGGUAUGCUGGCAUAUGGAGGAAGGUAUGCUGGCAUAUGGAGGAAGGUAUGCUGGCAUAUGGAGGAAGGUAUGCUGGCAUAUGGAGGAAGGUAUGCUGGCAUAUGGAGGAAGGUAUGCUGGCAUAUGGAGGAAGGUAUGCUGGCAUAUGGAGGAAGGUAUGCUGGCAUAUGGAGGAAGGUAUGCUGGCAUAUGGAGGAAGGUAUGCUGGCAUAUGGAGGAAGGUAUGCUGGCAUAUGGAGGAAGGUAUGCUGGCAUAUGGAGGAAGGUAUGCUGGCAUAUGGAGGAAGGUAUGCUGGCAUAUGGAGGAAGGUAUGCUGGCAUAUGGAGGAAGGUAUGCUGGCAUAUGGAGGAAGGUAUGCUGGCAUAUGGAGGAAGGUAUGCUGGCAUAUGGAGGAAGGUAUGCUGGCAUAUGGAGGAAGGUAUGCUGGCAUAUGGAGGAAGGUAUGCUGGCAUAUGGAGGAAGGUAUGCUGGCAUAUGGAGGAAGGUAUGCUGGCAUAUGGAGGAAGGUAUGCUGGCAUAUGGAGGAAGGUAUGCUGGCAUAUGGAGGAAGGUAUGCUGGCAUAUGGAGGAAGGUAUGCUGGCAUAUGGAGGAAGGUAUGCUGGCAUAUGGAGGAAGGUAUGCUGGCAUAUGGAGGAAGGUAUGCUGGCAUAUGGAGGAAGGUAUGCUGGCAUAUGGAGGAAGGUAUGCUGGCAUAUGGAGGAAGGUAUGCUGGCAUAUGGAGGAAGGUAUGCUGGCAUAUGGAGGAAGGUAUGCUGGCAUAUGGAGGAAGGUAUGCUGGCAUAUGGAGGAAGGUAUGCUGGCAUAUGGAGGAAGGUAUGCUGGCAUAUGGAGGAAGGUAUGCUGGCAUAUGGAGGAAGGUAUGCUGGCAUAUGGAGGAAGGUAUGCUGGCAUAUGGAGGAAGGUAUGCUGGCAUAUGGAGGAAGGUAUGCUGGCAUAUGGAGGAAGGUAUGCUGGCAUAUGGAGGAAGGUAUGCUGGCAUAUGGAGGAAGGUAUGCUGGCAUAUGGAGGAAGGUAUGCUGGCAUAUGGAGGAAGGUAUGCUGGCAUAUGGAGGAAGGUAUGCUGGCAUAUGGAGGAAGGUAUGCUGGCAUAUGGAGGAAGGUAUGCUGGCAUAUGGAGGAAGGUAUGCUGGCAUAUGGAGGAAGGUAUGCUGGCAUAUGGAGGAAGGUAUGCUGGCAUAUGGAGGAAGGUAUGCUGGCAUAUGGAGGAAGGUAUGCUGGCAUAUGGAGGAAGGUAUGCUGGCAUAUGGAGGAAGGUAUGCUGGCAUAUGGAGGAAGGUAUGCUGGCAUAUGGAGGAAGGUAUGCUGGCAUAUGGAGGAAGGUAUGCUGGCAUAUGGAGGAAGGUAUGCUGGCAUAUGGAGGAAGGUAUGCUGGCAUAUGGAGGAAGGUAUGCUGGCAUAUGGAGGAAGGUAUGCUGGCAUAUGGAGGAAGGUAUGCUGGCAUAUGGAGGAAGGUAUGCUGGCAUAUGGAGGAAGGUAUGCUGGCAUAUGGAGGAAGGUAUGCUGGCAUAUGGAGGAAGGUAUGCUGGCAUAUGGAGGAAGGUAUGCUGGCAUAUGGAGGAAGGUAUGCUGGCAUAUGGAGGAAGGUAUGCUGGCAUAUGGAGGAAGGUAUGCUGGCAUAUGGAGGAAGGUAUGCUGGCAUAUGGAGGAAGGUAUGCUGGCAUAUGGAGGAAGGUAUGCUGGCAUAUGGAGGAAGGUAUGCUGGCAUAUGGAGGAAGGUAUGCUGGCAUAUGGAGGAAGGUAUGCUGGCAUAUGGAGGAAGGUAUGCUGGCAUAUGGAGGAAGGUAUGCUGGCAUAUGGAGGAAGGUAUGCUGGCAUAUGGAGGAAGGUAUGCUGGCAUAUGGAGGAAGGUAUGCUGGCAUAUGGAGGAAGGUAUGCUGGCAUAUGGAGGAAGGUAUGCUGGCAUAUGGAGGAAGGUAUGCUGGCAUAUGGAGGAAGGUAUGCUGGCAUAUGGAGGAAGGUAUGCUGGCAUAUGGAGGAAGGUAUGCUGGCAUAUGGAGGAAGGUAUGCUGGCAUAUGGAGGAAGGUAUGCUGGCAUAUGGAGGAAGGUAUGCUGGCAUAUGGAGGAAGGUAUGCUGGCAUAUGGAGGAAGGUAUGCUGGCAUAUGGAGGAAGGUAUGCUGGCAUAUGGAGGAAGGUAUGCUGGCAUAUGGAGGAAGGUAUGCUGGCAUAUGGAGGAAGGUAUGCUGGCAUAUGGAGGAAGGUAUGCUGGCAUAUGGAGGAAGGUAUGCUGGCAUAUGGAGGAAGGUAUGCUGGCAUAUGGAGGAAGGUAUGCUGGCAUAUGGAGGAAGGUAUGCUGGCAUAUGGAGGAAGGUAUGCUGGCAUAUGGAGGAAGGUAUGCUGGCAUAUGGAGGAAGGUAUGCUGGCAUAUGGAGGAAGGUAUGCUGGCAUAUGGAGGAAGGUAUGCUGGCAUAUGGAGGAAGGUAUGCUGGCAUAUGGAGGAAGGUAUGCUGGCAUAUGGAGGAAGGUAUGCUGGCAUAUGGAGGAAGGUAUGCUGGCAUAUGGAGGAAGGUAUGCUGGCAUAUGGAGGAAGGUAUGCUGGCAUAUGGAGGAAGGUAUGCUGGCAUAUGGAGGAAGGUAUGCUGGCAUAUGGAGGAAGGUAUGCUGGCAUAUGGAGGAAGGUAUGCUGGCAUAUGGAGGAAGGUAUGCUGGCAUAUGGGGGAAGGUAUGCUGGCAUAUGGGGGAAGGUAUGGGGGAAGGUAUGCUGGCAUAUGGAGGAAGGUAUGCUGGCAUAUGGAGGAAGGUAUGCUGGCAUAUGGAGGAAGGUAUGCUGGCAUAUGGAGGAAGGUAUGCUGGCAUAUGGAGGAAGGUAUGCUGGCAUAUGGAGGAAGGUAUGCUGGCAUAUGGAGGAAGGUAUGCUGGCAUAUGGAGGAAGGUAUGCUGGCAUAUGGAGGAAGGUAUGCUGGCAUAUGGAGGAAGGUAUGCUGGCAUAUGGAGGAAGGUAUGCUGGCAUAUGGAGGAAGGUAUGCUGGCAUAUGGAGGAAGGUAUGCUGGCAUAUGGAGGAAGGUAUGCUGGCAUAUGGAGGAAGGUAUGCUGGCAUAUGGAGGAAGGUAUGCUGGCAUAUGGAGGAAGGUAUGCUGGCAUAUGGAGGAAGGUAUGCUGGCAUAUGGAGGAAGGUAUGCUGGCAUAUGGAGGAAGGUAUGCUGGCAUAUGGAGGAAGGUAUGCUGGCAUAUGGAGGAAGGUAUGCUGGCAUAUGGAGGAAGGUAUGCUGGCAUAUGGAGGAAGGUAUGCUGGCAUAUGGAGGAAGGUAUGCUGGCAUAUGGAGGAAGGUAUGCUGGCAUAUGGAGGAAGGUAUGCUGGCAUAUGGAGGAAGGUAUGCUGGCAUAUGGAGGAAGGUAUGCUGGCAUAUGGAGGAAGGUAUGCUGGCAUAUGGAGGAAGGUAUGCUGGCAUAUGGAGGAAGGUAUGCUGGCAUAUGGAGGAAGGUAUGCUGGCAUAUGGAGGAAGGUAUGCUGGCAUAUGGAGGAAGGUAUGCUGGCAUAUGGAGGAAGGUAUGCUGGCAUAUGGAGGAAGGUAUGCUGGCAUAUGGAGGAAGGUAUGCUGGCAUAUGGAGGAAGGUAUGCUGGCAUAUGGAGGAAGGUAUGCUGGCAUAUGGAGGAAGGUAUGCUGGCAUAUGGAGGAAGGUAUGCUGGCAUAUGGAGGAAGGUAUGCUGGCAUAUGGAGGAAGGUAUGCUGGCAUAUGGAGGAAGGUAUGCUGGCAUAUGGAGGAAGGUAUGCUGGCAUAUGGAGGAAGGUAUGCUGGCAUAUGGAGGAAGGUAUGCUGGCAUAUGGAGGAAGGUAUGCUGGCAUAUGGAGGAAGGUAUGCUGGCAUAUGGAGGAAGGUAUGCUGGCAUAUGGAGGAAGGUAUGCUGGCAUAUGGAGGAAGGUAUGCUGGCAUAUGGAGGAAGGUAUGCUGGCAUAUGGAGGAAGGUAUGCUGGCAUAUGGAGGAAGGUAUGCUGGCAUAUGGAGGAAGGUAUGCUGGCAUAUGGAGGAAGGUAUGCUGGCAUAUGGAGGAAGGUAUGCUGGCAUAUGGAGGAAGGUAUGCUGGCAUAUGGAGGAAGGUAUGCUGGCAUAUGGAGGAAGGUAUGCUGGCAUAUGGAGGAAGGUAUGCUGGCAUAUGGAGGAAGGUAUGCUGGCAUAUGGAGGAAGGUAUGCUGGCAUAUGGAGGAAGGUAUGCUGGCAUAUGGAGGAAGGUAUGCUGGCAUAUGGAGGAAGGUAUGCUGGCAUAUGGAGGAAGGUAUGCUGGCAUAUGGAGGAAGGUAUGCUGGCAUAUGGAGGAAGGUAUGCUGGCAUAUGGAGGAAGGUAUGCUGGCAUAUGGAGGAAGGUAUGCUGGCAUAUGGAGGAAGGUAUGCUGGCAUAUGGAGGAAGGUAUGCUGGCAUAUGGAGGAAGGUAUGCUGGCAUAUGGAGGAAGGUAUGCUGGCAUAUGGAGGAAGGUAUGCUGGCAUAUGGAGGAAGGUAUGCUGGCAUAUGGAGGAAGGUAUGCUGGCAUAUGGAGGAAGGUAUGCUGGCAUAUGGAGGAAGGUAUGCUGGCAUAUGGAGGAAGGUAUGCUGGCAUAUGGAGGAAGGUAUGCUGGCAUAUGGAGGAAGGUAUGCUGGCAUAUGGAGGAAGGUAUGCUGGCAUAUGGAGGAAGGUAUGCUGGCAUAUGGAGGAAGGUAUGCUGGCAUAUGGAGGAAGGUAUGCUGGCAUAUGGAGGAAGGUAUGCUGGCAUAUGGAGGAAGGUAUGCUGGCAUAUGGAGGAAGGUAUGCUGGCAUAUGGGGGAAGGUAUGCUGGCAUAUGGGGGAAGGUAUGGGGGAAGGUAUGCUGGCAUAUGGAGGAAGGUAUGCUGGCAUAUGGAGGAAGGUAUGCUGGCAUAUGGAGGAAGGUAUGCUGGCAUAUGGAGGAAGGUAUGCUGGCAUAUGGAGGAAGGUAUGCUGGCAUAUGGAGGAAGGUAUGCUGGCAUAUGGAGGAAGGUAUGCUGGCAUAUGGAGGAAGGUAUGCUGGCAUAUGGAGGAAGGUAUGCUGGCAUAUGGAGGAAGGUAUGCUGGCAUAUGGAGGAAGGUAUGCUGGCAUAUGGAGGAAGGUAUGCUGGCAUAUGGAGGAAGGUAUGCUGGCAUAUGGAGGAAGGUAUGCUGGCAUAUGGAGGAAGGUAUGCUGGCAUAUGGAGGAAGGUAUGCUGGCAUAUGGAGGAAGGUAUGCUGGCAUAUGGAGGAAGGUAUGCUGGCAUAUGGAGGAAGGUAUGCUGGCAUAUGGAGGAAGGUAUGCUGGCAUAUGGAGGAAGGUAUGCUGGCAUAUGGAGGAAGGUAUGCUGGCAUAUGGAGGAAGGUAUGCUGGCAUAUGGAGGAAGGUAUGCUGGCAUAUGGAGGAAGGUAUGCUGGCAUAUGGAGGAAGGUAUGCUGGCAUAUGGAGGAAGGUAUGCUGGCAUAUGGAGGAAGGUAUGCUGGCAUAUGGAGGAAGGUAUGCUGGCAUAUGGAGGAAGGUAUGCUGGCAUAUGGAGGAAGGUAUGCUGGCAUAUGGAGGAAGGUAUGCUGGCAUAUGGAGGAAGGUAUGCUGGCAUAUGGAGGAAGGUAUGCUGGCAUAUGGAGGAAGGUAUGCUGGCAUAUGGAGGAAGGUAUGCUGGCAUAUGGAGGAAGGUAUGCUGGCAUAUGGAGGAAGGUAUGCUGGCAUAUGGAGGAAGGUAUGCUGGCAUAUGGAGGAAGGUAUGCUGGCAUAUGGAGGAAGGUAUGCUGGCAUAUGGAGGAAGGUAUGCUGGCAUAUGGAGGAAGGUAUGCUGGCAUAUGGAGGAAGGUAUGCUGGCAUAUGGAGGAAGGUAUGCUGGCAUAUGGAGGAAGGUAUGCUGGCAUAUGGAGGAAGGUAUGCUGGCAUAUGGAGGAAGGUAUGCUGGCAUAUGGAGGAAGGUAUGCUGGCAUAUGGAGGAAGGUAUGCUGGCAUAUGGAGGAAGGUAUGCUGGCAUAUGGAGGAAGGUAUGCUGGCAUAUGGAGGAAGGUAUGCUGGCAUAUGGAGGAAGGUAUGCUGGCAUAUGGAGGAAGGUAUGCUGGCAUAUGGAGGAAGGUAUGCUGGCAUAUGGAGGAAGGUAUGCUGGCAUAUGGAGGAAGGUAUGCUGGCAUAUGGAGGAAGGUAUGCUGGCAUAUGGAGGAAGGUAUGCUGGCAUAUGGAGGAAGGUAUGCUGGCAUAUGGAGGAAGGUAUGCUGGCAUAUGGAGGAAGGUAUGCUGGCAUAUGGAGGAAGGUAUGCUGGCAUAUGGAGGAAGGUAUGCUGGCAUAUGGAGGAAGGUAUGCUGGCAUAUGGAGGAAGGUAUGCUGGCAUAUGGAGGAAGGUAUGCUGGCAUAUGGAGGAAGGUAUGCUGGCAUAUGGAGGAAGGUAUGCUGGCAUAUGGAGGAAGGUAUGCUGGCAUAUGGAGGAAGGUAUGCUGGCAUAUGGAGGAAGGUAUGCUGGCAUAUGGAGGAAGGUAUGCUGGCAUAUGGAGGAAGGUAUGCUGGCAUAUGGAGGAAGGUAUGCUGGCAUAUGGAGGAAGGUAUGCUGGCAUAUGGAGGAAGGUAUGCUGGCAUAUGGAGGAAGGUAUGCUGGCAUAUGGAGGAAGGUAUGCUGGCAUAUGGAGGAAGGUAUGCUGGCAUAUGGAGGAAGGUAUGCUGGCAUAUGGAGGAAGGUAUGCUGGCAUAUGGAGGAAGGUAUGCUGGCAUAUGGAGGAAGGUAUGCUGGCAUAUGGAGGAAGGUAUGCUGGCAUAUGGAGGAAGGUAUGCUGGCAUAUGGAGGAAGGUAUGCUGGCAUAUGGAGGAAGGUAUGCUGGCAUAUGGAGGAAGGUAUGCUGGCAUAUGGAGGAAGGUAUGCUGGCAUAUGGAGGAAGGUAUGCUGGCAUAUGGAGGAAGGUAUGCUGGCAUAUGGAGGAAGGUAUGCUGGCAUAUGGAGGAAGGUAUGCUGGCAUAUGGAGGAAGGUAUGCUGGCAUAUGGAGGAAGGUAUGCUGGCAUAUGGAGGAAGGUAUGCUGGCAUAUGGAGGAAGGUAUGCUGGCAUAUGGAGGAAGGUAUGCUGGCAUAUGGAGGAAGGUAUGCUGGCAUAUGGAGGAAGGUAUGCUGGCAUAUGGAGGAAGGUAUGCUGGCAUAUGGAGGAAGGUAUGCUGGCAUAUGGAGGAAGGUAUGCUGGCAUAUGGAGGAAGGUAUGCUGGCAUAUGGAGGAAGGUAUGCUGGCAUAUGGAGGAAGGUAUGCUGGCAUAUGGAGGAAGGUAUGCUGGCAUAUGGAGGAAGGUAUGCUGGCAUAUGGAGGAAGGUAUGCUGGCAUAUGGAGGAAGGUAUGCUGGCAUAUGGAGGAAGGUAUGCUGGCAUAUGGAGGAAGGUAUGCUGGCAUAUGGAGGAAGGUAUGCUGGCAUAUGGAGGAAGGUAUGCUGGCAUAUGGAGGAAGGUAUGCUGGCAUAUGGAGGAAGGUAUGCUGGCAUAUGGAGGAAGGUAUGCUGGCAUAUGGAGGAAGGUAUGCUGGCAUAUGGAGGAAGGUAUGCUGGCAUAUGGAGGAAGGUAUGCUGGCAUAUGGAGGAAGGUAUGCUGGCAUAUGGAGGAAGGUAUGCUGGCAUAUGGAGGAAGGUAUGCUGGCAUAUGGAGGAAGGUAUGCUGGCAUAUGGAGGAAGGUAUGCUGGCAUAUGGAGGAAGGUAUGCUGGCAUAUGGAGGAAGGUAUGCUGGCAUAUGGAGGAAGGUAUGCUGGCAUAUGGAGGAAGGUAUGCUGGCAUAUGGAGGAAGGUAUGCUGGCAUAUGGAGGAAGGUAUGCUGGCAUAUGGAGGAAGGUAUGCUGGCAUAUGGAGGAAGGUAUGCUGGCAUAUGGAGGAAGGUAUGCUGGCAUAUGGAGGAAGGUAUGCUGGCAUAUGGAGGAAGGUAUGCUGGCAUAUGGAGGAAGGUAUGCUGGCAUAUGGAGGAAGGUAUGCUGGCAUAUGGAGGAAGGUAUGCUGGCAUAUGGAGGAAGGUAUGCUGGCAUAUGGAGGAAGGUAUGCUGGCAUAUGGAGGAAGGUAUGCUGGCAUAUGGAGGAAGGUAUGCUGGCAUAUGGAGGAAGGUAUGCUGGCAUAUGGAGGAAGGUAUGCUGGCAUAUGGAGGAAGGUAUGCUGGCAUAUGGAGGAAGGUAUGCUGGCAUAUGGAGGAAGGUAUGCUGGCAUAUGGAGGAAGGUAUGCUGGCAUAUGGAGGAAGGUAUGCUGGCAUAUGGAGGAAGGUAUGCUGGCAUAUGGAGGAAGGUAUGCUGGCAUAUGGAGGAAGGUAUGCUGGCAUAUGGAGGAAGGUAUGCUGGCAUAUGGAGGAAGGUAUGCUGGCAUAUGGAGGAAGGUAUGCUGGCAUAUGGAGGAAGGUAUGCUGGCAUAUGGAGGAAGGUAUGCUGGCAUAUGGAGGAAGGUAUGCUGGCAUAUGGAGGAAGGUAUGCUGGCAUAUGGAGGAAGGUAUGCUGGCAUAUGGAGGAAGGUAUGCUGGCAUAUGGAGGAAGGUAUGCUGGCAUAUGGAGGAAGGUAUGCUGGCAUAUGGAGGAAGGUAUGCUGGCAUAUGGAGGAAGGUAUGCUGGCAUAUGGAGGAAGGUAUGCUGGCAUAUGGAGGAAGGUAUGCUGGCAUAUGGAGGAAGGUAUGCUGGCAUAUGGAGGAAGGUAUGCUGGCAUAUGGAGGAAGGUAUGCUGGCAUAUGGAGGAAGGUAUGCUGGCAUAUGGAGGAAGGUAUGCUGGCAUAUGGAGGAAGGUAUGCUGGCAUAUGGAGGAAGGUAUGCUGGCAUAUGGAGGAAGGUAUGCUGGCAUAUGGAGGAAGGUAUGCUGGCAUAUGGAGGAAGGUAUGCUGGCAUAUGGAGGAAGGUAUGCUGGCAUAUGGAGGAAGGUAUGCUGGCAUAUGGAGGAAGGUAUGCUGGCAUAUGGAGGAAGGUAUGCUGGCAUAUGGAGGAAGGUAUGCUGGCAUAUGGAGGAAGGUAUGCUGGCAUAUGGAGGAAGGUAUGCUGGCAUAUGGAGGAAGGUAUGCUGGCAUAUGGAGGAAGGUAUGCUGGCAUAUGGAGGAAGGUAUGCUGGCAUAUGGAGGAAGGUAUGCUGGCAUAUGGAGGAAGGUAUGCUGGCAUAUGGAGGAAGGUAUGCUGGCAUAUGGAGGAAGGUAUGCUGGCAUAUGGAGGAAGGUAUGCUGGCAUAUGGAGGAAGGUAUGCUGGCAUAUGGAGGAAGGUAUGCUGGCAUAUGGAGGAAGGUAUGCUGGCAUAUGGAGGAAGGUAUGCUGGCAUAUGGAGGAAGGUAUGCUGGCAUAUGGAGGAAGGUAUGCUGGCAUAUGGAGGAAGGUAUGCUGGCAUAUGGAGGAAGGUAUGCUGGCAUAUGGAGGAAGGUAUGCUGGCAUAUGGAGGAAGGUAUGCUGGCAUAUGGAGGAAGGUAUGCUGGCAUAUGGAGGAAGGUAUGCUGGCAUAUGGAGGAAGGUAUGCUGGCAUAUGGAGGAAGGUAUGCUGGCAUAUGGAGGAAGGUAUGCUGGCAUAUGGAGGAAGGUAUGCUGGCAUAUGGAGGAAGGUAUGCUGGCAUAUGGAGGAAGGUAUGCUGGCAUAUGGAGGAAGGUAUGCUGGCAUAUGGAGGAAGGUAUGCUGGCAUAUGGAGGAAGGUAUGCUGGCAUAUGGAGGAAGGUAUGCUGGCAUAUGGAGGAAGGUAUGCUGGCAUAUGGAGGAAGGUAUGCUGGCAUAUGGAGGAAGGUAUGCUGGCAUAUGGAGGAAGGUAUGCUGGCAUAUGGAGGAAGGUAUGCUGGCAUAUGGAGGAAGGUAUGCUGGCAUAUGGAGGAAGGUAUGCUGGCAUAUGGAGGAAGGUAUGCUGGCAUAUGGAGGAAGGUAUGCUGGCAUAUGGAGGAAGGUAUGCUGGCAUAUGGAGGAAGGUAUGCUGGCAUAUGGAGGAAGGUAUGCUGGCAUAUGGAGGAAGGUAUGCUGGCAUAUGGAGGAAGGUAUGCUGGCAUAUGGAGGAAGGUAUGCUGGCAUAUGGAGGAAGGUAUGCUGGCAUAUGGAGGAAGGUAUGCUGGCAUAUGGAGGAAGGUAUGCUGGCAUAUGGAGGAAGGUAUGCUGGCAUAUGGAGGAAGGUAUGCUGGCAUAUGGAGGAAGGUAUGCUGGCAUAUGGAGGAAGGUAUGCUGGCAUAUGGAGGAAGGUAUGCUGGCAUAUGGAGGAAGGUAUGCUGGCAUAUGGAGGAAGGUAUGCUGGCAUAUGGAGGAAGGUAUGCUGGCAUAUGGAGGAAGGUAUGCUGGCAUAUGGAGGAAGGUAUGCUGGCAUAUGGAGGAAGGUAUGCUGGCAUAUGGAGGAAGGUAUGCUGGCAUAUGGAGGAAGGUAUGCUGGCAUAUGGAGGAAGGUAUGCUGGCAUAUGGAGGAAGGUAUGCUGGCAUAUGGAGGAAGGUAUGCUGGCAUAUGGAGGAAGGUAUGCUGGCAUAUGGAGGAAGGUAUGCUGGCAUAUGGAGGAAGGUAUGCUGGCAUAUGGAGGAAGGUAUGCUGGCAUAUGGAGGAAGGUAUGCUGGCAUAUGGAGGAAGGUAUGCUGGCAUAUGGAGGAAGGUAUGCUGGCAUAUGGAGGAAGGUAUGCUGGCAUAUGGAGGAAGGUAUGCUGGCAUAUGGAGGAAGGUAUGCUGGCAUAUGGAGGAAGGUAUGCUGGCAUAUGGAGGAAGGUAUGCUGGCAUAUGGAGGAAGGUAUGCUGGCAUAUGGAGGAAGGUAUGCUGGCAUAUGGAGGAAGGUAUGCUGGCAUAUGGAGGAAGGUAUGCUGGCAUAUGGAGGAAGGUAUGCUGGCAUAUGGAGGAAGGUAUGCUGGCAUAUGGAGGAAGGUAUGCUGGCAUAUGGAGGAAGGUAUGCUGGCAUAUGGAGGAAGGUAUGCUGGCAUAUGGAGGAAGGUAUGCUGGCAUAUGGAGGAAGGUAUGCUGGCAUAUGGAGGAAGGUAUGCUGGCAUAUGGAGGAAGGUAUGCUGGCAUAUGGAGGAAGGUAUGCUGGCAUAUGGAGGAAGGUAUGCUGGCAUAUGGAGGAAGGUAUGCUGGCAUAUGGAGGAAGGUAUGCUGGCAUAUGGAGGAAGGUAUGCUGGCAUAUGGAGGAAGGUAUGCUGGCAUAUGGAGGAAGGUAUGCUGGCAUAUGGAGGAAGGUAUGCUGGCAUAUGGAGGAAGGUAUGCUGGCAUAUGGAGGAAGGUAUGCUGGCAUAUGGAGGAAGGUAUGCUGGCAUAUGGAGGAAGGUAUGCUGGCAUAUGGAGGAAGGUAUGCUGGCAUAUGGAGGAAGGUAUGCUGGCAUAUGGAGGAAGGUAUGCUGGCAUAUGGAGGAAGGUAUGCUGGCAUAUGGAGGAAGGUAUGCUGGCAUAUGGAGGAAGGUAUGCUGGCAUAUGGAGGAAGGUAUGCUGGCAUAUGGAGGAAGGUAUGCUGGCAUAUGGAGGAAGGUAUGCUGGCAUAUGGAGGAAGGUAUGCUGGCAUAUGGAGGAAGGUAUGCUGGCAUAUGGAGGAAGGUAUGCUGGCAUAUGGAGGAAGGUAUGCUGGCAUAUGGAGGAAGGUAUGCUGGCAUAUGGAGGAAGGUAUGCUGGCAUAUGGAGGAAGGUAUGCUGGCAUAUGGAGGAAGGUAUGCUGGCAUAUGGAGGAAGGUAUGCUGGCAUAUGGAGGAAGGUAUGCUGGCAUAUGGAGGAAGGUAUGCUGGCAUAUGGAGGAAGGUAUGCUGGCAUAUGGAGGAAGGUAUGCUGGCAUAUGGAGGAAGGUAUGCUGGCAUAUGGAGGAAGGUAUGCUGGCAUAUGGAGGAAGGUAUGCUGGCAUAUGGAGGAAGGUAUGCUGGCAUAUGGAGGAAGGUAUGCUGGCAUAUGGAGGAAGGUAUGCUGGCAUAUGGAGGAAGGUAUGCUGGCAUAUGGAGGAAGGUAUGCUGGCAUAUGGAGGAAGGUAUGCUGGCAUAUGGAGGAAGGUAUGCUGGCAUAUGGAGGAAGGUAUGCUGGCAUAUGGAGGAAGGUAUGCUGGCAUAUGGAGGAAGGUAUGCUGGCAUAUGGAGGAAGGUAUGCUGGCAUAUGGAGGAAGGUAUGCUGGCAUAUGGAGGAAGGUAUGCUGGCAUAUGGAGGAAGGUAUGCUGGCAUAUGGAGGAAGGUAUGCUGGCAUAUGGAGGAAGGUAUGCUGGCAUAUGGAGGAAGGUAUGCUGGCAUAUGGAGGAAGGUAUGCUGGCAUAUGGAGGAAGGUAUGCUGGCAUAUGGAGGAAGGUAUGCUGGCAUAUGGAGGAAGGUAUGCUGGCAUAUGGAGGAAGGUAUGCUGGCAUAUGGAGGAAGGUAUGCUGGCAUAUGGAGGAAGGUAUGCUGGCAUAUGGAGGAAGGUAUGCUGGCAUAUGGAGGAAGGUAUGCUGGCAUAUGGAGGAAGGUAUGCUGGCAUAUGGAGGAAGGUAUGCUGGCAUAUGGAGGAAGGUAUGCUGGCAUAUGGAGGAAGGUAUGCUGGCAUAUGGAGGAAGGUAUGCUGGCAUAUGGAGGAAGGUAUGCUGGCAUAUGGAGGAAGGUAUGCUGGCAUAUGGAGGAAGGUAUGCUGGCAUAUGGAGGAAGGUAUGCUGGCAUAUGGAGGAAGGUAUGCUGGCAUAUGGAGGAAGGUAUGCUGGCAUAUGGAGGAAGGUAUGCUGGCAUAUGGAGGAAGGUAUGCUGGCAUAUGGAGGAAGGUAUGCUGGCAUAUGGAGGAAGGUAUGCUGGCAUAUGGAGGAAGGUAUGCUGGCAUAUGGAGGAAGGUAUGCUGGCAUAUGGAGGAAGGUAUGCUGGCAUAUGGAGGAAGGUAUGCUGGCAUAUGGAGGAAGGUAUGCUGGCAUAUGGAGGAAGGUAUGCUGGCAUAUGGAGGAAGGUAUGCUGGCAUAUGGAGGAAGGUAUGCUGGCAUAUGGAGGAAGGUAUGCUGGCAUAUGGAGGAAGGUAUGCUGGCAUAUGGAGGAAGGUAUGCUGGCAUAUGGAGGAAGGUAUGCUGGCAUAUGGAGGAAGGUAUGCUGGCAUAUGGAGGAAGGAACGUAUGCUGGCAUAUGGAGGAACGUAUGCUGGCAUAUGGAGGAACGUAUGCUGGCAUAUGGAGGAACGUAUGCUGGCACAUGGAGGAACGUAUGCUGGCAUAUGGAGGAACGUAUGCUGGCAUAUGGAGGAACGUAUGCUGGCAUAUAGAGGAACGUAUGCUGGCGUAUGGAGGAACGUAUGCUGGCAUAUGGAGGAACGUAUGCUGGCAUAUGGAGGAACGUAUGCUGGCAUAUGGAGGAACGUAUGCUGGCAUUUGGAGGAACGUAUGCUGGCAUAUGGAGGAACGUAUGCUGCCAUAUGGAGGAACGUAUGCUGGCAUAUGGAGGAACGUAUGCUGGCAUAUGGAGGAACGUAUGCUGGCAUAUGGAGGAACGUAUGCUGGCAUAUGGAGGAACGUAUGCUGGCAUAUGGAGGAACGUAUGCUGCCAUAUGGAGGAACGUAUGCUGGCAUAUGGAGGAACGUAUGCUGGCAUAUGGAGGAACGUAUGCUGGCAUAUGGAGGAACGUAUGCUGGCAUAUGGAGGAACGUAUGCUGGCAUAUGGAGGAACGUAUGCUGCCAUAUGGAGGAACGUAUGCUGCCAUAUGGAGGAACGUAUGCUGCCAUAA